AAUAGAGGAACGUGGGAUUGCAGCCGCAGCAGCGGCUCUAAACACCAUCUUUUUGGGCUUAUAAAUAGCAGAGACCGUUUUGCAUUAUAUCCCACAACCGCAAAUCUUCACGUGCUUUGCAUUUCGAAGUUUUUCUUUAUCUGUUUGUUUCCUUCUUUCGUUUUCACUCUGCAACUGCAAACCUUAUCUACUGCUGCUACCUAUCUGUGUUGUUUUCUUGGGUGUCCUUUUGGGGUCAGUAGAGUUUGCUCCGAGGCUUUUUGUUUGGUGUCUUUUCGUUUUAGUGUGGCCGUUGUUGUAGACUGCUAAAGAGUAGUUUUGUUCGUUGGUUGACAAAGAAAGGUUAAAAAAUCUGUCUUAGCAUGGAAAACAAAAGGCAAGUCGUUGCUUCUUCUUUUGAUCAUCUUUUUGGUCCUAAAGACUCUUCCUCUUCAUCAUCCGCCUCAAGUGGGAUAUUCGAGUCCAUUUUUCCUCAUCCAUCAAAGGUGCCAGCUGGGAGGGACUCUGGAAUUAUGGAAAAUCAUGGUGGCAGGGGAAAAUAUGCGAAUCGAGAUAAUGUCGCUCAGAAAGCCAAGGGAGAGGGCAGUGGCAAAGGCAAGAGUGUAGUUUUUCAGAAUGAAACACCAGAACCAUGCUACCUCAGCUCGUCAAUCUACUACGGUGGUCAAGAGAACUAUUCUCCAAGAACCAAGAACUCAGAAUAUCAACAUGCUUUCAAGAAAGAUGAUGAACAGGAAGAUCCCAAUGGCAACGAUCCGAACAGUGCUUCAAGGGGGAACUGGUGGCAGGGUUCACUCUAUUAUUAGGCAUCUAGCCCCAUUUUAUCAAGUGCAGAACACCAACAAAUUGAGGAAUUAUGACUAUGAGAUCCCUCAAUAUAGACCAUGGAACUAAGAAACUAAUAGGGAUUAGUAAAGACUAGUACAGCUUAAUAUGGAAGGCAGGACAAGGAGGCAUGUUGUUGGGUUCUUUUUGUCCCAACUAGUUGUAUGCACGAGUUAAUAUCUAUUGCUGUGGGAGUUUUAUGCUUUCACUCCUUGCGGAAUCUUGUAUAUUAACCAAAUCCGUUAAGUAGUCCAGUCAUGAACUAAAUAUUAUUCUACCUGUCUUUGGACUGUUAUGCUGUAAUUCUAUUCUCUCCCUCUAAAAAAUCGUACUGUUCAAAUUCAA